AUGGCCGUGUCCGCAUCCGAUGCUGCGGCGCUGGCCAGCAGUGAUGAGGAGCUCACGCCUGCUGGCAGCCAUCCGAGCGCUCAGCCUGACUACAGUGAUGCGCGCUUGGAGCGCGUGGCCGCCUACACCACGACCACAAUGCGCCUGAAACCGGAGAAGUGGGCCAAAAUGAUGGCGCACGAUGAGUUCCGGCAUAUCGUCCUGGACUGGCUGCACGGACGGACGCGAGUUUUGGUGAUGACGCUCAGUCCGGGCGGCGAGCUGGUGCCCAGGGGCUGUGUGAGCGACCUAUACCGAAACUAUACCCUGCAGAGCUGUGGCUCACGGGCAAGUGAUGCCACUGCCACGGCUGCCGUGGUGGCGGCGGCAACAACCACAGGAGCACUGCUGGUUCCGCUGCCGCCCGCAUCGUCCAGCUUUACGACAUUGGAUGGAGUACCGCGCGGCAAGUGCGCCUACUUCAUACGCCACAAUGUGGACGUGCCGCUGACAGCUAGCAAUUUUCAUAGCUCUGUGCUCUAUGGUGACUUUCCGGUGCACAGCAAAAUGGAGACCAUGUCUCUGCUGUUCGACGAGGUGCUGCAGCCGCUGUUGGACAAGGCUCAGGGCGGGUGGCCAUCGCCCGUGCGCAAGGAUCUGCAGGCGCGCGUCAAGGAAGUGCGCAACACGCUGACCGAGAUUAAGGGCAAAACCAACAAUCGCACAAUUUUAUCGUUAUUAGUUUCGCCAACAAUCGUCGAGGAAGUGUCUGCUCACGUGAACCGGGGCAAUCUAAGACCAGCCCUGGAUGCCAAGUUUCGUAAUCUGCUGGAGGAGAUGUUUAUCAAUUGGACAACACAAAUGCACGACAUUGUCAUGGAGCGCUCGGAGUCAGUUGGCCUGACCGCGUGCACCACGGCGCCCACCAAACAUAUCCAUGUGGUUACGCUGCCCGCACAGGAGAUUACCUUCUGGACGAAUCGAAAGCUCAAUUUGCAGAACAUUUACGAACAGCUGCGCGAAGCCAUGCACAAGGCCCUGGCGCACAUACUUGAGCGCAUUGAGUCCGUCUAUUAUGAGCCGUAUGCAAAGGCUUUCCGGCAGCUUCUGACCGCCUGGCUGGAGGCACAGGAUGUCUCACUGUGGUUGCAGCCACUGCAGCGUCAAACCGCCGCCUUCAACUCGGUGCAGUUCAGCAAUGCACAGGAGCUGAUUGCACCGCUGGUGCAUGUGCUGCACUUGCUCUGGAGCAAUGCCCGCUUCUACCGCAGCACGCAAAGAAUGAGUGUGCUGCUGCGUUGCAUUUGCAACAUGUUGGUUCAUCGCGCCGCCGAGGACUUGGAGUUUCCGCUGCUCUUUCAGGGCGACGCCGAUGAGGGCCUGCAAAAGAUCAAUAAAACUGGCGAGGUGUUGGAGUUUUUCAGGCAGCGCAUGCUCGAUUACAAGGAACGCUAUGCAAGCAGCCAAGUGCUGCUGCCAGCCUUGCCGAGCUCUUCGGCUGCAGCUGCAGCUGCAGCAAGCACUUCCCCAACGCCCGACGACCAGCAGCAGCUGUGGCGCUUCUCCAACGAGCAAGUGUUUGGCCAGACACUCGACGGAUUUCUGUUGCAGCUAUCGGAGCUCCGUCAUGUGUUCGAGGCGGCUGUUCAAUUCCAGCAACUGGAGAAGCUGGAAAUAGGCGGUCUGCGUGGUAAACUGCUCACGGAACGCGUCAGAGAGAUCUUUAACGAGUUCAAGCUGCUCUUCGAGCAGUGGACCAAUGUAGAUAUAGAUCUCGCAGCGCCCGCUGCCCACAAAUGGAAAUGUUUCAAGCGCGAGCAAUGCCUUUUCUAUGAGCGCAUGCAGCAGCUGGAACAGAAGCUGGCCACGGUACUGCUGCAGGCCUUCGAGCAGUGCCACAGCUGGAUCCACCUGCUCAAGCUGACGAUUAUGUUCGGCUGCCUAUUACAGCGCCGCACCGUGCAAUUGGAGCUCGUGCGUCUGCUUCCGCACAUGCUCAACGUCUACAAUGCAGAACUGCAGCAGCUGGAGCAGAGCGUGGCAGACGUGCUGCUGCACUAUCAGUUCCAUGGACUCGAAGCUCUGCCCGUAGCUGGAAACUUUCCCCCAAUUGCUGGUGCCAUCAUGUGGCUCGAGCAGCACUUGCAUCGCUGCGAUGAGCUAGGCGCUAGGGAUCUAACUGAGCUCGUCCAGAAAUUGUUAGCACUAAAAUCGGAGCUUGUAACGCUGCCCUUUCAAUGGGAUUCAUUGCUUUCACGUCGCAAUAUUCUGACCACAAAAAUGUGCAAUCUUCAGCUGAAGAUCUGGCACGCCUGGCAGCAGGACAUAGACAAGCUUAUAGCGGAGGGUCUCGACGAGCCCAUGCUGAUUCAAUUGGCAGCCGGUCAGCAGCUGCAGCUGAAUUUCGCCCAGGCGCUCUUUACGCUGCUCAAGGAAACUAAAUAUCUGCUAGCUCUGCAGGCUUCUGGCAGCCUUUCAAGCAAACUCUUUCCAAUGCCCGAGGCGCUGCUGUCACUUUACGAGCAGCGGGAUGCCUACUGGCGGCGACGCAUACGGCUCAUCAAGAUUGACGAGUUCUACAAUGGCAUCCGAGCUGGCCAGUGCGCUGCAGCAGAACUGCAGCUAAUUGCCGCUGAGCUGGCGGCCAUUGAUGCUCAGGUGGCAACUGCCUGUGGUCAACUAACCUGGCGCAAUUAUGAUGAAACGCUCAUCGAGUGCAUAUUCGAGAAGUCACGCGAUCUGCAUGCACGUAUGCAGCUAUCGCAUGGCAAUCUGGACGCCAUAUUGACCAGCAUGCGUCGCUGGAGCCGCGACCCACUGCAUCAGCGCAGUCUCUAUGGCCGCAAUCUGCUCGAUCUACGGCAUCAGCAGGAGCGGGUACGUCUGCGUCUGCUCCAGUGCGAUGAGACGAAGAUGCUGCUUAAUCGCUUGCUGAUUGCCAACUUUUGUUUGUUCUUCAACUACGAGUCGCAGCAAUUUCAAUUGUAUUCCCGUGACCUUAGCGUGCAGGAGUUUGUGCGCGAAUUUCCGGAUGAGCAACGCCGACAGUUUAACAAAUAUUUGGCCACUGUGGACGAGUUGAUUUGCCGUGAAAUGCGUCAGGCCAUGAGGAUCAGUUUAGAGUAUUUGCACAAGGAAAUGACAGGAUCUGGAACAACGACUGCAAAAACCGCUGAGGCAACUCCAACAGCGCCCCCAACUUCAAGUAUGGCCUUGCCAAGCAUGGCUAGGUUGGUGCUACAACAAAUCACAACGCCACAAGCGACAGCGACAAUAAUACCAACAACAACAACCGGAGCAACAACAGCAACAAACGAUGCACCGCUUUUCGAAGUGAAAUUGGAGCUGACGGAAACGGAAAUACGUUUUUCGCCUGCCUUUGAUGCAAGUGUGGAAAAUAAUUUUCAACAAAUUGUCGAGCAGCUGUUGCUGGAUAUAAAACAGACAUGCGACUGCAUGCCAAGAAUUGUGUCUGACAAUGCGCUGUCUGACGACGACGACGACGACGACGGCGACGGCGACGGCGACGAGCACGAUGUUGCAGCUGAUGACUUGGAAAUGCUGUGCGCCAGCAUACGCAACGCCUUGGCGCAGACGGUUCAGGCGGCGUUGAAUUAUGCUGCCAAAUUCCACGCCUAUGCGUUCCUUUGGACACAGCAGAGCGGCGCCGUCCUGGCGUCCUGCAUGCAGACGGCGCGUGAACAAACGACCCACAUCAGCGACAGUGGCUAUGCCAUCAUGGAGACUUUCAAAAAGGAGAUCGAGCGCUACAACGAGCUGCACGAUGCCAUCGACCAGUGCGAGAGUCGCCACUGCCUGAACGGCUGGCUGGCCCUGGACUUGAAGCCGCUAAAGCAUGGCCUGCUCAAUCUGGCCUGCAAAUGGUCACACCUCUACAAGCAGUGGCUGCUGCGCUAUGUGCAGAAGACGCUUCAGGAGCUAAACGCAUUCAUCGCGCGCAGCCAUGAGACUUUGCAGCUGCACAUCGCACGCCAGGAGUUCAAGGCACUGCUGCGCGUGCUGUCUGUCAUGGCGGAGAUACGGCAGAGGGAGCCGUACGCGGACAAUGUAUUUAAGCCGCUCAAGGACAUCGUUGCGCUUUUAAAGACCUACAAUGUGGAGUUCGAGGCACAGCUGGUGCGCAACAUAGAGCAGCUGCCGCUGCAGUGGCAGCAACUGAAGCAGCAAGCGCUGGCCAAACACGAGGCACUCCAGGACACGCGCUACUAUCAACAGCAGCGCGUAACGGCGCUCAUUGGUCUGCAUACGUGCCACGUGCAACAUUAUGCGAAACAGUUCCAGCGCAUGCCGUUCUUUCGUGUACCCUGUCCACAAAUUUACGAUGCCUGCGACCAGGUCUACGUGCGGCUCCAUCGCUUUGGCUGCCAGCAGCGGCGCUACGCGUGCUGGGCCCAGCUCCUAAACAUUCCCGAACCCGAUACGACCACACUGCAGCAGUGCAAAACUGAGCUUAGACGCGUAAAGCAAUUGUGGGACUUUGUGCGCGUCAUCGAAUCCUGCAUUGUUGACUGGCAUGCAACACCUUGGCUCCAAAUCGAUACGGAUGACAUGGAACACGAGUGUAAGAAGUUCACGCGCGAUUUGCGCACACUUGACAAGUGCAUCAGGGACUGGGCCCCCUAUGUUUACAUUGUGGGCGUAUUGCGUGAGCUGGUUGCCUCGCUGCGAGCAGUUACCGAGCUUCAAAAUCCAGCAAUUACCGAACGCCAUUGGCUGGAGCUUAUGCAGUUGUCAAAGAUUUCGUACAAGUGCAACGCAUCGACGACUCUGGCACAGUUGCUAAGCCUGCAACUGCAGCAGCACGAAGAGGACAUCAAGAACACUGUGGAUCGUGCUAUCAAAGAGAUGACGGUGACAAAAGUUUUGGAUGAUAUAAAGGCCACCUGGACACAGUUGGAAUUCGAGCUGGAGCUGCAUCAAACGCGCCCAACUGUGCGACUGCUCAAAGUAUCGGAGGAGCUGAUUGAAACGCUUGACGAUAAUCAAAUGCAGCUACAAAAUAUCUCAACAUCAAAGCAUAUCGAAUAUCUGCUGGAUAAGCUGGGCUACUGGCAACGCGUGCUGAGUGGCAUUGAUACGCUUAUUGUCAAUUGGUUUGAGGUGCAGCGUAAAUGGAUUUAUCUCGAGUGCAUUUUCAUCGGCUCAACAGACAUACGCUCCCAGCUGCCACAAGAUGCGGCAGAAUUUGAGCGCAUUGAUGAGGACUUCACCAAUUUGCUAGCACGGGUAACCAGCGUGCGCGUUGUCAUGGAGGUGGUGCUGCAGCAUGAGGAUGUGCUAAAGCAGUUGCUGGAACUGCAGCAGCGCCUAUCCGUUUGCGAGAAGGCGCUGAACGACUACCUGGAGACAAAGCGGCUGGCCUUUCCGCGCUUCUAUUUCAUCUCGUCCGCGGAUCUCUUGGACAUACUCUCUAAUGGCAAUAAUCCCCAGGUCAUUGAUCGCCAUCUCAUCAAGCUGUUCGAUUCCAUAUUGCGCUUGCAAUACGAGACAAAUACCACGCAUGCCCUGGGCAUGCACUCCAAGGAGAACGAUGAGUAUGUGGCCUUUGUGGUCAGCCAGGAUCGCGAACAAACAGCCUACAUCGACUGCUGUGGUCGUGUUGAGCUUUGGCUGCGCGCCGUCAUCCAACAGAUGCGCAGCACGCUCCAUGAGCUCUUUCGUCGCGCUCUGGUUGCGUUCGGUGAGAAGUCCCGCGAUUUAUGGCUCUAUGAUUGGCCAGCACAGGUCGCGCUCUGCUGCAGUCAGAUUAGCUGGACGGCGGACGUGAAUCGCUCAUUUGCCAGCAUGGAAGAGGGCUAUGAGGGUGCCAUGAAGGAGCUGCACAAGCGCCAGAUAGCGCAGCUGAACGCCUUGAUCAAUCUGCUGUUGGGCGAACUGUCCUCAGGCGAUCGACAGAAAAUCAUGACCAUCUGCACCAUUGACGUCCAUUCGCGUGACGUGAUCGGCAAAAUCAUUGCCACCAAGGUGGACAACUCUCUGGCUUUUCAGUGGCAGAGCCAACUGAGACAUCGCUGGGACGACGAACAGUCGGGCAGCUCCAGUGGCUGCGCCACAACAACAAUCAGCGCAGGCAGCGCCGACGAGGAUUGCUUUGCCAAUAUCUGCGAUGCCGAAUUUCGCUAUGCCUACGAGUACCUGGGAAAUACUUCAAGGCUGGUAAUCACACCACUAACGGAUCGAUGCUACAUCACUCUGACCCAGUCGCUGCAUCUGGUGAUGGGAGGCGCGCCUGCUGGACCGGCGGGCACCGGCAAAACGGAAACAACGAAGGACCUGGGACGCGCAUUGGGUGUAAUGGUUUAUGUCUUCAACUGUUCGGAGCAAAUGGACUACAAAUCUUGCGGCAACAUUUACAAAGGUCUGGCCCAGACCGGUGCAUGGGGCUGCUUUGACGAGUUCAAUCGCAUCUGCGUGGAGGUGCUCUCCGUGGUGGCCGUUCAGGUGAAGACCAUACAGGAGGCGAUAAAGAUGCAUAAAACCCAAUUUAUCUUUAUGGGCGAGCGCAUCUCGCUGGAGCCGUCGGUUGGCAUUUUUAUCACCAUGAAUCCGGGCUACGCCGGUCGAACUGAACUGCCGGAAAACCUGAAAACAUUGUUUCGCCCAUGCGCCAUGAUUGUGCCGGACUUUGCUUUGAUUUGUGAGAUUAUGUUAAUGGCCGAGGGCUUCCAGGAUGCACGUCUGCUGGCACGCAAAUUUAUCACACUGUACACGCUGUGCAAGGAGCUGCUGUCCAAGCAGGAUCACUACGACUGGGGCCUGCGUGCCAUCAAAUCGGUGCUGGUCGUUGCCGGCACAUUAAAACGCGACGACCACAGCCGUCCAGAGGAUCAGGUGUUAAUGCGUGCUCUGCGGGAUUUCAACAUACCCAAGAUAGUAACCGAGGAUGUGCCCAUAUUUAUGGGCCUGAUAGGUGACCUCUUUCCCGCCCUCGAUGUGCCGCGCAAGCGUGUCUUCGAAUUUGAGAAGACCAUCCGACGUGCGGUUAAUGAAAUUAAACUGCAGCCGGAGGAGGGAUUUCUCAUGAAGGUGGUGCAGCUGCAGGAGCUGCUGGAUGUCCGCCACUCGGUGUUCAUUGUGGGCGACGCGGGAACGGGCAAAACGAAAAUUUGGCAAACGCUGCGCGAAACGUACCGCAUACAGAAGCUGAAGCCAGUUUGUCAUGUGCUUAAUCCCAAAGCGCUGUCCAACGAUGAGUUGUUCGGCAUUGUAAAUCCCACGACGCGAGAGUGGAAGGACGGCCUCUUUUCGUCCAUAAUGCGAGAGCAGGCCAAUAUGCCGCCGGGCAAUCCCAAGUGGAUUGUACUCGAUGGCGACAUCGAUCCCAUGUGGAUUGAGAGUCUCAACACUCUGAUGGACGACAAUAAGAUCCUAACGCUGGCCAGCAACGAGCGCAUUUCAUUAAAGCGCGAAAUGCGUCUUCUCUUCGAGGUGGGCCACCUUAGGGCGGCCACACCCGCAACGGUAUCCAGAGCGGGCAUCUUGUACAUAAACCCACAGGAUCUGGGCUGGUCGCCUUUCGUCUCGUCCUGGCUGGAAACGCGUGUCAACAUGAUCGAGCGGGGCAUACUCACCACGCUCUUCGAGAAGUAUUUUCCCAGUCUGAUGCAACGACAGCACAAUUUCCGUCGCAUCACGCCCAUUGCAAACAUGGCCAUGAUACAAAUGACCUGUCACCUGCUCGAAUGUCUGUUGGACAGCGACCAGGUCGAGGAUGACACGGCACGCAGCGCCGGUAAGCAUCUCGGUAUCAAUUCGCACAGCCUACACCAUGGCGAGCUCUCACAUGAGUCCGCUGAGCUGGCUUUAGAGACGAUCUUUGUGUAUGUUUCCAUGUGGAGCUUCGGUUCGGCCCUGUAUCAGGACUCAAUUAUAGACUGGCAUCGCGAGUUUCACAAGUGGUGGACGAGUGAGUUCAAGGACGUGAAACUGCCCAGUCAGGGCAGCGUAUUUGACUAUCAGCUUAAUGUGCAAACAUUGAAAUUCCAACGCUGGUCCGAGCUGGCCGCUCAGGAGCAGCUCGACUGUCAAAUCGAUGCAGAGCAGCCGCUGCAGAACGUGCUCAUUUCAACUGCAGAGACCACACGUCUGGGCUACUUCCUCAAGCUGCUUAUCGACCGCAAUCUCGCCUGCAUGCUGGUCGGCAGCUCUGGCUGCGGCAAGGGUGCCAUCUUCCGUGAGCUCUUCAGCAAAUAUGCCAGCGCACAGGAGCUGCUUGAAAUUGCUGUGACAGCUGUCAGCGGCAGCCAGCAACAGACGGCAGCAGUUGGUGGUGCUGCUGCUGCUGCUGCUGGUGGUGGCGGCGGUGGUGGUGGUGGUGGUGUUGGCAACGUCAGCGUGCAUCGGAAGUCAUCCUGCUCGACGCCGUUGCUAACCACUGUGCAGGCGACACACUUCAACUUCUAUACGACAUCUGAGAUAUUUCAGAAGAUGCUCGACCGACCACUGGAAAAAAAAUCUGGACGCUGCUAUGCGCCCAGCGGACCGAAGCGACGUCUCAUCUACUUUGUGAAUGACCUGAACAUGCCCGAGGUAGAUUCCUAUGGCACAGUGCAACCGCACACCAUCAUGCGUCAGUUCAUGGACUAUAGACAAUGGUACGAUCGUCAGAAGCUUCAGCUGAAGGACAUUCGUCAUUGUCAAUUCGCGGCUUGCAUGAAUCCAACCGCCGGCUCGUUCACCAUCGAUCCACGCCUGCAACGUCACUUUUGUGUGUUUUCAGUGGCACCACCUGGCGAGGAUACUCUCCACUACAUAUACAGUACGAUACUGAACAACCACCUGGAGCAGCCGGCGCAGGGCUUCAGCAAGGAGAUCCGUUCCAUUGGCAAUCUGCUGGUGCAGGUGGGAAUCGCUUUGCAUCGUCGCGUCGAAUAUGCCUUCCUGCCCACGGCCAUUAAGUUUCACUACAUAUUCAAUUUGCGUGACCUCACCAGCAUCUACCAGGGCGUGAUGAACAGUGUGGGCGCCCCAGUCUCAGCGGGCGGUGCUGCCAGCAGCUACAGCGGCACAGUCUGCAGCAAACCAGCCGAGCUGAUGAGACUGUAUGUGCAUGAGGCAUAUCGGGUGUACCACGACCGACUGGUCGAUCAGUAUGACAUUAAGUCGUUCAAGUCCUCCAUACGGGAUAUAUUCAAAAAGGAUUUCGAGGACUUUGAUGAGGACUUUGUCUUUGCCGAGCCGCUGAUAUACAGCCAUUUCGCGCAAUCGCUGGUGGAUCAGAAGUACAUGCCACUCAAGAGCUGGGACUCACUCUACCAACUGCUGCUGGAGGCGCAGGCCAGCUAUAACGAUAUUGUGGGAUACAUGAAUUUGGUAUUAUUCGAGGAUGCCAUGAUACACAUAUGUCGCAUUAAUCGCAUCCUAGAGAGUCCACGUGGCAAUGCUUUGCUUAUUGGAGUCGGCGGCUCCGGCAAACAGACACUGGCACGCUUGGCCGCGUUCAUUUCUUCGCUGAGUGUGUCGCAAAUUCAAAUCAAACGCGGCUUUGGGCUGCUCGAUAUGAGAGACGAGAUUGCAGGUCUGUACAUGAAGGUGGGACUCAAGAAUGUGGCGUCUGUUUUUCUCAUAUCCGAUGCUCAGCUGCCCGAUGAGUCUAUACUGAUGCUGAUCAAUGAUAUGCUCGCCUCUGGCGAGAUACCAGAGCUCUUUAGCGAUGAUCAACUGGAUACAAUCAUAAAUGGUAUACGCAAUGAGGUGAAGCAGAGCGGCGCACUCGAUACUAAAGAGAACUGCUGGCGAUAUUUUGUGGAGAAGGUGCGACGUCUUCUCAAAAUCGUGCUCUGUUUCUCCCCCGUUGGACAAACGCUACGUAUACGUGCCAGAAAGUUCCCGGCCAUCAUAAGCCGCACUGCCAUUAACUGGUUCCACGAGUGGCCCAGGAGCGCAUUGGAAUCGGUGUCCCAAAAGUUUCUCACCGAAAUCAGUGACAUAUUAGAGCCCGAACUCAUACCGCCCAUUGGCUACUUUAUGGCCUACGUACACGGUACGGUGAAUCAGAUAUCGAAAAUUUAUCUACAGAAUGAAAAACGUUACAACUACACGACACCAAAAACAUUUCUCGAAUACAUUUUUCUGUACCGCAAGCUGUUGGUUGACAAAAACGGGGAGUUCGCCCAGCGCAUCGCCCGGCUGCAGAGCGGCAUGGCCAAGUUGGCCGAAUGCGCGCGUCAAGUGGACACCCUAAAACAUCAACUGGCAAUACAAGAAGUUCAACUGGCAGCAAAAAAUGCGGCUGCCGACAAGCUGAUCGUCAUUGUUAGCGCCGAGAGCGAGAAGGUGAAGCGCGAACGCUUUACAGCCUCCGAGGAGGAGAAACGUGUACGCAUCAUAGAGGAGGAUGUUUCGAUCAAGACCAAGCUCUGCGAGCAGGAUUUGCGACAGGCCGAACCAGCUCUGGUUGCCGCACAGGCAGCGCUCAACACCCUUAACAAAAACAACCUGACCGAGCUAAAGUCAUUUGGGUCGCCGCCCAAGGCCGUGGUUAACGUAUGCGCUGCUGUCAUGGUUCUACUGGCCACGAAUGGCAAGAUACCGCGCGAUCGCAGCUGGAAGACAGCAAAACUGAUGAUGGUGCGUGUGGAUCAGUUUCUCAAUGAUUUGCUCAACUACAACAAGGAUAACAUACAUCCAAACAUCAUUGAGACCUUGCAGGAAUACCUCAAGGAUCCCGAGUUCAAUCCGGACAAAGUCGUCCAAAAGUCUGUGGCAGCCGCGGGCCUUUGCGCCUGGGUCAUCAAUCUGCAUCGGUAUCAUCAGGUCUUCCUCAUCGUUGGCCCCAAGCAGCAAGCCGUGCAGGAUGCCCAGCAGGAAUUGUUCGAGGCACGUGAGCGACUGCAGUAUCUCAAGUCCAAAAUAAACAAUUUGGAGGACAAGCUGGCCGAGAUCCAGGCCGAGUUCGAGCAUGCCGUGGCCGAAAAGCAGAAGUGCCAACGGGAGGCGGACAAGACGUCCUUUACCAUCGAUCUGGCGCAUAGGCUAGUCAACGGACUGGCCAACGAGAAUGUCCGCUGGCGAGAGUCGGUGCAAAGUUUACAGGCAAAGAUUGGCACCCUACCCGGAGAUAUACUGUUAAUUUCCUCGUUCCUGUCGUACGUGGGCUGCUUUACGCGCCGCUAUCGCGAGGAGCUGCAGCACAAGAUGUGGCUGCCGAGCUUUUGCAAAAUGGACCCCCAGAUACCGCACACCCAGGGAGUCGACCCGCUGGCGCUGCUCUCGGACGAUGCACAAAUUGCCACCUGGAAUAAUGAAGGUCUGCCCAUGGACGGCAUGUCCACGGAGAAUGCAACAAUACUGCAGCACUCAACGCGCUGGCCUCUGAUGAUUGAUCCACAGCUUCAGGGCAUUAAGUGGAUCAAGAGCCGCUUUGGAGCCGCUCUGGUGGUGCUGCGUCUGACCCAGCGCGGUUUUCUGGAGGCACUGGAGAAGUCUAUCUCACGUGGCGACACGGUGCUCAUUGAGCAAAUCGAAGAGACCAUGGACACCGUCCUGGAGCCGCUGCUGAGUCGCGCGCUGAUCAAAAAGGGCCGUUAUCUGCGCAUUGGCGAAAAGGAAAUGGAGUUCAAUCCGAAUUUCCGUCUCAUACUGCACACGAAGCUGGCCAAUCCGCACUACAAGCCGGAAAUGCAGGCGCAGACGACGCUAAUUAACUUUACGGUGACACCGGACGGCCUCGAGGAGCAGCUGCUGGCGGAAGUGGUCAAAAUUGAGCGGCCGGACCUAGAGCAAAUGAAAACCGAUGUCACCAUCCAGCAGAACAUGUUCAAAAUCUCGCUCAAGGCACUUGAGGAUGAGCUGCUGGCCAGACUGGCCUCGGCCGGCGAGAAUGUGCUCGAAGAUCAUGCGCUGGUCCUCAAUUUGGAGAACACCAAGCGCACUGUCGAUGAAAUUGAAUCCAAGGUACGCGAGGCUCACCUUACCACGUUGCAAAUUGAUGAAACCAGAAACAUAUAUCGUGCCGCGGCCAAGCGGGCUGCCAUUUUGUACUUUGUACUCACGGAUCUCAAUCGCAUCAAUCCCAUAUACAAGUUCUCCUUGAAGUCCUUUAUGAAUGUUUUUCGGCAGGCCAUUGCCGUGGCGCCUGACUCAAAGAGCUACGAGAAGCGAGUGCUUCAUUUGGUGGACUCGAUUACACUGCAAACCUAUCGGUAUACCCUGCGCGGUCUCUUUGAGGCGGAUAAGCUGACCUUCACCUCGCACCUGACGCUGCGCAUCAUGAUUGCCGCCGAGCAGGUUGCCAAGGAUGAGACCGAUUUUCUGCUGCGCUAUCCGCACGAUCCCAACACGCUGUCCCCAUUGGACUUCGUGGGACGCAGCGCCUGGGGCGGCAUCAAGUCGCUGGCGCUCGUCGAGCACUUCUAUGGCAUCGACAAGGACAUGGAGAACUACACGAAACGCUGGCGUAAGUUCAUGGCCAGCGAUGCGCCCGAACGGGAGCAGUUCCCAGGCGAAUGGAAGCAUCGCUCUCCACUGCAGAAGCUGUGCAUUGUGAGAGCUCUGCGGCCCGAUCGCAUGACCUAUGCCAUGGCCCAGUUUGUGGAGCAGACAAUGGGUCGCGCCUAUGCCGAAGUGCAGACCCCGCCCUUUGUGGCUAUCUUCAAGGAGCUAAACGCGGCCACGCCCGCCUUCUUUAUACUCUCACCUGGCGUCGAUCCCAUACGCGAUGUGGAGCGACAUGGACAGCAACAAGGUUUCCAUGCGGAUGCCGGAACUCUGAUCAAUAUCUCACUGGGGCAGGGACAGGAGCUGCUGGCCGAGGAGGCCAUCGAGCAGGCCUUGGCAUCGGGCCAGCAGUGGGUCAUACUCCAGAAUAUUCAUCUGGUAGUGAACUGGUUGCCCACGCUGGAAAAGCUCAUCGAGCGUAUAGUGCUGCAGUCGGAGUCGCAAGGUGAUUCCAAUUUCCGUCUGUUUAUUAGCGCGGAGCCUGCUCCUGAUCCACAGUACCAUGUCAUACCACAGGGCAUUUUGGAGUCCUCACUCAAGGUGGUUAACGAGCCGCCCGCGGGCAUGGCCGCCAACCUGCACAAGGCCUGGGAUAAUUUCUCGCAGGAUACGCUGGAAACGUGCACCCAAGAAGCCGAGUUCAAGUCCAUACUCUUCGCGCUCUGCUACUUUCAUGCUGUGGCCGGCGAGCGCCGCAAGUUCGGACCUCAGGGCUGGAACAAGGUGUAUCCGUUCAACAUCGGCGACCUGACCAUCUCGGCCAGCGUGCUGCACAACUAUCUAGAGGGCAGCAAUCGCAUACCUUGGGAGGAUCUGCGCUAUCUCUUUGGUGAAAUUAUGUACGGGGGCCACAUAACCGACGACUGGGACAGACGGCUAUGCCAGACGUUUUUGGAGGAGCUGCUGCAGCAGGAUCUCAUCGAUGGUGACUUCGAGCUGUGCCCCGGCUUUCCAGCCCCGCCCAAUCUCGAAUUUGAAGGGUAUCAUGACUACAUCACCGAGAUGCUGCCCGAAGAGUCGCCUCUGCUCUAUGGACUGCAUCCGAAUGCUGAAAUUGGCUUCCUCACAAGCGCCUCGGAGCAGCUGCUGCGCACCAUUUUUGAGCUACAGCCGCGCGAAUCGGAGCUGAGCACACAUUGCGGUGCACCGCGCGAAGAGCUGGUCAAAAUCAUGAUUGACGACUUCCUCGACAAGCUGCAGGACGAGUUCAAUCUGCAGGCGCUGCUCAAUCGCGUGGAGCGCAAGACGCCCUUUGUGGUUGUUGCGCUGCAGGAAUGCGAGCGCAUGAAUGCGCUUAUUCGCGAGAUUAAGCGCUCCCUGCGCGAACUAAUGCUCGGCCUGAAGGGCGAGCUGACCAUCACACAGGAAAUGGAGCGUCUGGAUUAUGCCAUUUUCUAUGAUCAUGUGCCGACGGCCUGGGCCCAGCUGGCGUACCCCAGCAUGCUGGGCCUGCAGGGCUGGUUCGCCGAUCUGCUGCAUCGCAUCAAGGAGCUGGCCGGUUGGCUGAAUGAUUUCAAGCUGCCCUGUGCCAUCUGGCUGGGUGGCCUGUUCAAUCCGCAGAGCUUUCUCACGGCCAUCAUGCAGGAGAGCGCCCGCAAACAUGAUCUGCCCCUGGAUCGCAUGCUCAUCAGCUGUGACGUGACCAAAAAGCAAAAGGAUGACGUCACGUAACUAGCUUGGUUGAACCCAACAGCUCAUAUUUAUCCACACCUUCCUGCUUUCAGAUUGCCACCUGUUGAGGGAGCUUAUGUCCACGAGCUUUAUCUGGAUGGCGCCAGCUGGGACUGCCAGCUGAACUCCAUUGUGGCGCUGCAUCCCAAGGAGCUGCUCUGCGCCAUGCCAGUGAUCUACAUCAAGUCCAUUGUGCAGGAGAAACAGGAGCUGCAGCGCGUCUACGAGUGUCCACUGUACAAGACCAGGUCGCGUGGCAACACCUACGUCUGGACCCUCAACCUGAAAACACGCGACCGCCCAGCCAAGUGGAUACUGGCAGGAGUCGCGCUUUUGUUGCAGCCCUAAAGCCUAAUUGAUACCCAGCAUGCAACGGAGCGAUUCAUUGUUCGCUUCGUCAUCAUUGCAAAGCGUCGAUUUCUUCUCAAGAAAUUCAUCAAUAUACUUAUAUUUAUUUUUAGCGCCUUCGUUAAUUCCCACACACCUCAACUCACGUAGAUUUUGCUUAAUUAUAUUUCCAGUUUUAUGAGUAAAUAUAACACAACGAGUACCCUACAUACCCUAUAAAUUGAGGCCUGUUUUCAAGUGGGUCUCUUAAGUUUAAAUAAUUUUGCUUAAGUAUUUAUAAAUAUGGUAUAUUUAAACACACACCGAAAUACGAAUACUCUAUAUAUUACGACCUGUUUUAAACUGAGUUGAUAAAAGUUGUGUUUAAAAUAAGUUUAAAUAAUGCUGCGAAUAUAUUCGACACCCUGUAGCUCAAGAUCUUACCG